UUCUAUAUCUCAGUCUUUAGUAUCCCCAACCUAUGCUUAACUUUCCUAUAUAAAGCAAACCAACCUUAGCUAAUGUAUUAAGCACCAAGCACUAAAGCUACUUCUCCUAUCUUAAAAUCCUUUGCAACCCUAAACUUCUCAAGAAGUAAGUACUACUAGAAGUAGUAACACACAAUGGCAAUAGUAGCAACCUCAUUCAUUUCUACUCUUUUCUUUGUUCUUAGCUUAUGCCUUAAAGGCACUUUUGGUGACUACGGAGGUGGAUGGGAAAAUGCUCAUGCCACAUUUUAUGGUGGAGGAGAUGCAUCAGGCACAAUGGGAGGUGCUUGUGGUUAUGGAAAUUUGUAUAGCCAAGGCUAUGGAACCAACACUGCUGCACUAAGUACUGCUCUUUUCAACAAUGGAUUGAGUUGUGGGUCUUGCUACGAGAUGAAAUGUAACAGUGACCCUAAAUGGUGCCUUCCUGGUAGCAUAUUGGUUACUGCUACAAACUUCUGCCCCCCAAACUUUGCAGAGUCUAAUACCAAUGGUGGAUGGUGCAACCCUCCCCUUCAGCACUUUGAUCUUGCUGAGCCUGCUUUCUUACAAAUUGCUCAAUACAAAGCUGGAAUUGUUCCUAUUUCCUUCAGAAGAGUCCCCUGUGUGAAGAAAGGAGGAAUCAGAUUCACAAUAAAUGGACACUCAUACUUCAACUUGGUUUUGGUCACAAAUGUUGGUGGAGCUGGAGAUGUACAUUCUGUGUCCAUCAAGGGAUCAAAGACUGGAUGGCAAGCUAUGUCUAGGAACUGGGGGCAGAACUGGCAAAGCAAUAACUAUCUCAAUGGUCAAAGCCUCUCAUUCCAAGUCACUACAAGUGAUGGUAGAACUAUCACUAGCAACAACGUUGUGCCUGGCAAUUGGCAAUUUGGACAGACAUUUACAGGGAGACAGUUUUAGAAACAUAAGUUCUAUUUCAAGCUAAAAAAAACUUGUGUAAUAUAUUGCAUUGCAUUGUUUCCUUUGUUUUAGUUGGAAAGUGUGAGGAAAAGAAAGGAAGAUUAGGAGAUCAGGCCAAAAUUUGGCCUCUAAUGCUGUGGUAGCAACAUGGCACCCGCUAGUUAGGCCUAAUAUAUAUAGUUGCUUUUUGUUUCAUGAAGUAAAGUAAUUAAAGGUGAUGGUGAUCUCAACCCCCUUGUAUAUUUAAUCCCAACAAUGGUACAACCAAUUUGGGAAUGUUUAUCAUAUCAAUUUGAUGAUGAAUUUUAAUUUCAAA